AUGGACAGCACAGCCAAGGCAACGACGACGCUUCCCCGGGCAACGCUCGAGGCAUGGCAUGCGGCGGGAAUCUUUCUCCUCGACUUGAGAGAGCAGUCUGAGCUGACGUACGAGUUUACUUCGAACGUUGUGGUGAACAUUCCGUGGUCCGAGCAAAAGCUGCGUUCGCAUGAAUACCCGUCUCGAUCCACACGGUUCGCGCUGCUGUGCUCGCCUGCCAAUGCAGACGACCAAGUCGACUGGUUCACCAAUGCCGAUCUCCACCCAACCAAACACCCAUGGCAAGUCGAGUUCUACGUCCUGGACACUCCCGCCACACGUGCCGCAGCUCUCAAGUUGGCCAUCGUCGCGGCUCCAGACACCCCUCGUCCUUAUCCACUUGCAAGGUUGUGGACUCCGAACAGUCUCAUGACGCAUCUACUACCUCGCUUGAUACAAGCAGCAACCACUGCAGCAUCAGCGCCAACGCCAUCUCCAGUCGUGUUCGACCUCGGUUGCGGCUCGGGCCGAGAUAUUAUGUUCCUCGCAGAGGAGUUGCAAGCUCAAGGCGCCACGUCAUGGCGGUUUUGUGGAGUUGAUCACAACAAGACAGGCAUGGCUACAACGACGGCAUUCGCGAGGCGACGACGAGUGCAUGAUGCGUACUCCUUUGUCCAAAUGGACCUCCGCAAGCUGGAUGCGGUCCAGCGCAUGCUGGAACGCCACCAGAGCGACGUCCAAUGUGUCUUUGGUUGCCGGUUUCUCCACAGAGAUCUCCUGACCGUCGUGCGCGACGUCCUGCCUGUCGGUGGUAUCUUUGCCUGGUCGCACUUUGCCAUGCCAGCUGACGGUCAAUGGCGAUGGCAGCAUCCUUCCAAACCCCGCGACAUUCUCCGCCGCGAUGAGUUGGCCACGUUGUUUGCACAAGACUUUGACGUGUUGCUGAACGUGUUCGAGUCCGACUCGGACCAUGGCCGUCCGCUCAACCAAUUCAUUGCUGUGCGCCGCACGCCAGGCUAACGGCGAGCACGAGCUGUAGCCAUGGACAAUGAAAGCGAUGUUAAAUUAAUGAUGCCCGACGGAAUCUAAGACAAGUUAACGCGGGUGCGGACCAUUUCUUGGAA